AUGGAUCUUACGACGGAGGUGGAAAAAUCCCACAUUCUUACGUUCUUCACUCAAUGCAUCAAUCGUCUGAAGGGUUCCGACAAGAUGCUUCCUCAGGUGCAUUUAAUGAAGGAGCUGUGCCUGCGCGGAUUUGCCGUUCAUCAUAGUGGAAUACUUCCGAUUCUCAAGGAAGUCGUGGAAUUGCUCUUUCAGAAAGGAUACGUUAAGAUUCUGUUUGCGACCGAGACCUUCGCGAUGGGUGUGAACAUGCCGGCACGAACUGUCGUUUUUGACAGCAUUCAGAAGCACGACGGUAUGGAACUCAGAACGCUGAAUGCUGCGGAAUAUAUCCAGAUGGCUGGCAGAGCAGGUCGACGUGGUCUUGACACCACCGGAACUGUCAUCGUUCUUUGUAAACAGCCUAAAUUGGUCGAACCAGGCCAACUGCAGCUGAUUAUGAUGGGAAAAGCAGCUCCACUUGUUUCACAGUUCCGUGUGACGUACUCCAUGUUGUUGAAUUUGUUACGAGUUGAGCAUUUACGGGUGGAAGAUAUGCUUCAGAGAUCGUUCGUAGAAAGUGCAUCGCUUCGAGAAGGACCGAAAAGGAAAAGCAACCUUGAAAAGGUACAUUCAGCGCUAUUUAAGCUCAAUUAUUGA